GCGCGCGCUCCCGGGACGCGCGCGGCGCAGGCGGCGCGGAUCUCAGGGAGCCGGUCCGGGGCCGGAGCGGGGUCCCUGGUGUGCGUGCGGAACGGGGCUCCGGGGAGACGGUCGCGAUGAACACGGUGCUGUCGCGGGCGAACUCGCUGUUCGCCUUCUCGCUGAGCGUGAUGGCGGCGCUCACCUUCGGCUGCUUCAUCACCACUGCCUUCAAAGACAGGAGCGUCCCGGUGCGGCUGCACGUCUCGCGGAUCAUGCUAAAAAAUGUAGAAGACUUCACUGGACCUAGAGAAAGAAGUGAUCUGGGAUUCAUUACGUUUGAUAUAACUGCUGAUCUAGAGAAUAUAUUUGAUUGGAAUGUUAAGCAGUUGUUUCUUUAUUUAUCAGCAGAAUAUUCAACUAAAAAUAAUGCUCUGAACCAAGUUGUCCUUUGGGACAAGAUUGUUCUGCGAGGUGAUAAUCCAAAGCUGCUGUUGAAAGAUAUGAAAACAAAAUAUUUUUUCUUUGACGAUGGAAAUGGCCUCAAGGGAAACAGGAAUGUCACUUUAACCCUCUCUUGGAACGUUGUACCAAAUGCUGGAAUUCUACCUCUUGUGACAGGAUCAGGUCACGUAUCUGUCCCAUUUCCAGAUACAUAUGAAAUAACGAAGAGUUAUUAAAUUAUUCUGAAUUUGAAACAACAUAUUUUUAUACUUAAUGAGUCAUAUCUUGUUUUUCUCUUCCCUUGCAUCUUCAUUUCGUUGUUACUUUUCUUUUUUUACGGGGGGUGGUUUAAGAACUAACAUCAAAGGCAUAGUUGAAGGGGAAAGGUUAAUGUGCUACUUAAUUUUACAAGCAAAACACACAAAAAAGGCCACCAGAAUAUUAUAAAAUUAUAAAAACAAGACAACUACACAAUAAAGAUUUGUAAAAAAUUUAUGUUUGAGGUAUUCCCUGUAUGUCCAUGGUUCCUUAUGGAAUAUACAGUGAGCAUGAAGGGUAGUUAAAACUUUUAGGUGCCUGUGGAGUUAGAAGAACUGUAUUUUAUGCUUCGCAUUCAUGCAGGUUCACAUUGGAUGUGAUGCAGAAGUGGACAUUCUCUUUUUAGGGUAUGUUGCAUUACCAGAAAAAUUAAAAUGGUUAUUUGUAAGACACCUGGUUUACAGAACAGCCAGAAGUGAUGGAAUUGGAUUCCAUUUGUCUCUGGAAUGCCCCAUAUGCUUGUUUUCCUUACAGGUGACUAGCAACUUUCUCCACUUAAAGACUAAAUACCUCUUUAUAUGCUGUAAAUCAUUCUAACUCAUUUUAAAGUCUCUUAAGUCAACCAA